GCUGCUCUCUCGCUUUUGCUCUUUCCCUCAGUCGAGGUGCACCCUAGUGGACAGUUGAUACGGUUGUAAUUGUCAGAAAAGACCUCACAAAAACCCGCAAACAUGUCCAGGAAAUUCUUCGUUGGUGGAAACUGGAAGAUGAACGGCGACAAGAAGAGCCUUGGGGAGCUCAUCGACACCCUGAACGGAGCCAAGGUGGACCCCAAUGUCGAGGUGGUUUGCGGUGCUCCUUCUAUCUACCUGGACUUCGUCAGGUCCAAGCUGGACCGUAAGUUUGGUGUGGCUGCUCAGAACUGCUACAAAGUUCCCAAGGGUGCCUUCACUGGGGAGAUCAGCCCUGCAAUGAUCAAGGACUGUGGGUUGGAGUGGGUGAUCCUCGGACACUCGGAGCGGCGCCAUGUCUUCGGUGAGAGCGAUGAGCUCAUAGGCCAGAAGACAGCCCACGCUCUGGAGAACGGUCUGGGCGUCAUCGCCUGCAUCGGCGAGAAGCUGGACGAGAGAGAGGGCGGCAUCACCGAGAAGGUCGUCUUUGAACAGACCAAGGUCAUUGCAGACAAUGUAAAGGACUGGAGCAAGGUUGUGCUUGCUUAUGAGCCUGUGUGGGCCAUUGGCACCGGAAAGACUGCCUCCCCACAGCAGGCCCAGGAGGUUCAUGAGAAGCUGAGGGGGUGGCUGAAGACCAACGUGUCUGAGGCUGUUGCUAACUCUGUUAGGAUCAUUUAUGGAGGCUCUGUCACCAGUGGCACCUGUAAAGAGCUGGCUUCGCAGAAGGAUGUGGACGGCUUCCUUGUGGGCGGAGCCUCCCUCAAGCCAGAAUUUGUCGCCAUCAUCAACGCUAAGGCAUAGAGGAAAAAGAAACGGGCAGCUGCAAGGUGACUGUGUCCAGAUGAUCAGAGGCCGACCUCAUUCAGACGAUCCAGUUACAUCAGCACUUAGUUCUCCUCCCCUCAUUCAAAGUAUUUGUGUAAUGAUGUCAUUCCCUCCUUUUCCUUUCUCAUUAUGUUUUGGAGUAUAUUUAGUUGUGAAGAAAAGGGACAGGUUGACGCAUUCACUGUACUGCACUGAAAAGAGUUAGUCCACUGAGAAAAGUCUGUUUCAUACCAACUUCCACACAAAGUGCUCAAGCUGUAAAGACUGACGGUUACACCCUGAGGUGGACCAGCAGUCGGCGCCUUUACUUGAAAAGUUUACAGACUUUCAUGUGUGAGCAGUGUCACCGCUCUUGUCAAUCAGAGUCUUUUGUCUUUUUAAUACUGGUGUCUCUUUGUGUAAUUAUGAUGUUUUGUGGCUUUCAUCCCCCUGUAGAUCUGCAUGUUCUACUUUCUCUUUGGCUGUUUAGCCAUGAGGGAGGUUUCCAUUAUAUGGUAAUUAUAUUGUGUUACAGUGGGAAGACUGUAAGGAAACAUUAUAAUAAACUGAUUAGACAUUG